AUGGCGACGCUGCAGAAGUUCAAGCUCUUCGCGUUGCAAUGCGGGGCGGUGCAGAGUCCAACACGAAGCCCGAUGGUUCAGCUGCCGAGGCCCAAGACAACUCUACGGGCUCUGCUUGGACUGAGCUUGACACGGCCACCUCGCCGGCGGGAAGACGUGCCGUCGGCGAUGGAGAAGGAGAAGGAUUCUCAGCGGAGACAAAAACUGAAGGAUCUCUUCGUGUCGUCGCCGCCUAGAGAGGAGGAGGAGGAGCGUUCUGCUACGCCGUUGCUGGGUUCUGUUGCGGCGGUUGGCAUUGGCGUUGGCAACAGUAGCAACAUGGGCCUGGCCCGGUCCGGUUCUUGGAGGGGCGGACCGGGUUCAAUGAACCCGGUUUGGACGGGGUUUCGUUGCAGGUCGUUGCUGAAAAGGAAAGCAUGGAGGCCUCUGCUCAAUACCAUUACUGAAUAA